AUGCAACGUGGUAAUUAUGAUAAUGUUCACCAACGUUGUGGUGACUUUGUAAUAGAUAUAGAACCUUAUAAUCAUGUAACUUCUUAUAAUACUGGAGGUACCGCCACCAUGUCCACUAAUUUUUCCUCUCAACCUUCAACUACUUUAUUUACUGCCACAAGUCCUACUACAUUCACAAAUAAAUUACGUGAACUUGAAUCUCAUAAUCGUUAUCAAUCAGAUCAAUUAAAAUCAAUCCUCUGGGAAAGAGAUGAUUUAAAGCAUAGAAAUCAUGGAUUGGAAACUAAAAUUAAAUCUUUACAAGAUCAAAUUAAUCAAUCUGGUCAAUAUCUUGAAGAAUGUGAAUCUUUAAAAAAUCAAAACGAAAAUUUACAUAAUGGAAUUCGUCAAUUACAAUCCAUGAUUAUAAAUUCAAACAAAGAACGUGAUGAUAUAAGAGGAAGAUAUCAAUUAUUAGAAUUAUACUUAAAUCAAAUGCAAAACAAGUUAUCUGAUAAUGAAAAGUUGGUACUUGAAUUGAAUGAAGUUAAAAAUCAAAAUAAUGUGAUCAUGUUAGAAAAUAAGAAUUUACUUGAUGAAGUUGAUCGUUUACGUGAAAAUGGUGAUGAACUUACUACUAAUAUUAAUAAUUUACAAAAUGAACUAUCAAUUAUCACAAAACAACGUGAAAACACUGCUUCAGCUCCAAAUCCCGAUCAAAUUGUUGAUGAUGAAUAUAAAAGAUUACAAAAUCAAUGUGAUGAAUUAUCUAGUUUAGGUCAAAAUAUUACAAAAGAACGCGAUGAAUUAUCUAAUUUAGUUCAAAAUAUUACAAAAGAACGCGAUGAAUUAUCUAAUUUAAUUCAAAGUCUUACAAAAGAACGCGAUGAAUUAUCUAAUUUAGUUCAAAAUAUUACAAAAGAACGCGAUGAAUUAUCUAAUUUAGUUCAAAGUAUUACAAAAGAACGCGAUGAGUUAUCUAAUUUAGUUCAAAAUAUUACCAAAGAACGCGAUGAAUUAUCUGGUUUAGUUCAAAAUAUUACAAAAGAACGUGAUGAAUUAUCUGGUUUAGUUCAAAAUAUUACAAAAGAACGUGAUGAUUAUUUCAAUCAAGUUUCUGAUCUUUCACCACAAUUGUCACAAUUAGAAACAGAAUUAAAUGUAACACGUCAGCAAAAAGAUGAAUUAACAAAAAAUAAUAAUACUCUAUCUUCUCAAUUGGAACAAUUACAAAUUAAAUUGGAUAGUAUUAUUCAACAUCGUGAUGAAAUAUCAAAUAAAAAUGAUACUCUAAUAUCUCAACUAGGACGAGCUCAAGAUGAAUUAAAUCAAAUGAUAAAUCAACAAAAGGAUAAAGAUUCUUUAAUCGAUGAUGUAACAAGAGAAUUAAAUCGAAUGAAAGAACAAUAUAAUACAUUAAAUGAACAACAUGAUGAAUUACAACGUCAAAAUCAUGAUCUUACUUUUGAACAGGAACGUUUACAAACAGAAAAUGAACGUUUACAGACUGAGCUUGAACGCUUGCAAACUGUCUCAAAUAAUAUCGUUCAUCAACGUGAUGAAUUCAAGGUUCAGAAUGAAUCGAUAAUAUCUGAAAUCACAAUGUUAAAGCAACAAUUGGAAACUGUGUCACAUAAUAAAGCAAUAUCUCAACAAAUCGAUGAAGAAUUUGAUAAUGUUCGUCAGAGAAAAGAUGAAUUAUCUACUGAGAAUGCGGCAUUGCAUGUAGAAGUGGGUCGUCUUCGUGAUUUAUUAAAUGAUCUCACUGUCGAACUUGAACGAUCACGAAAAGGAUCAAAUGAUCUGAUGCAACAACGAGAUGGAUUCAAAUCUAUAAAUGAAACUCUUAUGUUAGAACUUUCAAGAAUAAAACAUGAGUUGGAUGUUGAAAAUUAUUCGUCCACCGCUGAAAAGAUUGAGAAUGUUGAGAAUAUUAACUCUUGUCUUCCACCUAUCCUACCUACUCGAAGUUCGACUUACCCUACUUAUGCACAGCUCGAACGAUCUCGACAACCAUCAUCUUCUAAUAAUAAUAACAUGAAUAUUUCAAGAAGUUCUACACAUUCGGAGGAAAUACGAUCUCCAUAUUCACAAAAUAAUUUCCCAUCCGUGACACUAAGAAACAUGCCACAGAAAUUACUUACACCACAGCCGCUUGCAACUACGUCAAACGGAACGUCUGAACAUAUGAAUGAAUCAUCAGAAGAUUCCAAAGUUUACAUUCAAGAAAUGCUGACAGCAGCUUCAUUACCCACAUCACCUUCUCAAAUAUCUUUAGCUAGUAAUCGUACUUACACUUUUACAAAUGAAUCUUCAGAAAAAACAAAUAGGAGAUCUAGCACAUAUAAUCCAUCAAAACCAUUGCCUAGUGUGCCAACAAGUGGACAACGACCAAAGAGUUUUGCAUUCGGUCUUUCAAACAGAAAAUCAUUAAUAUUAUCAGAUAAGGUCACAUCUUCACAAUCAAAAAUUCCAAAACAAGUACCUAUAUGUCAGCAGUGUUUAAAGAAUCCUUGUAAAAAGAGGUUUCCUAAAGGAUAUUCCAAAUAUUGUUCAAGUUCAUGUAAAAGUGUUGCACAGAAAGAUUCUAGUGAAACUGAAUCACAAUAUAACGAGCGAAGAUCAUCUUAUAGCUCUUCAAUUUUUAAUGGAUCCACGGAAUCAUUCAUGAAAAAUUUUUAA